GGCAGAAGAACAGCUGAGGUUGUACGCGAAGCAACGCUAAGCGUGCUCGAAUAUCGUAAUUUUAUUGUUGCUAUUGUUGCUAAUCUGUCAUUCAUCACGUCAUGUAAUUUUGACUUAAGUUUAGAUUUUUUAGUUUCAUUGCUCGUGAUUAUUUAUUCAACGUUAGCUCUUUGUAUUCUUUUGAACCGUGUGUCGCCCGUUAUUUGAACCAAUCAUAUGAAAGUUAAUACUUCACCAUGUCCUCACCUGCACCCAAAUCACCAGAGCAAUCCGAGAAAACCAAGAAAUAUGACAGACAGCUCAGAUUAUGGGGUGAUCAUGGACAAACUGCGCUCGAAGCUUCUCAAGUAUGUCUCAUCAAUGCAACAGCACUGGGAACAGAAAUCUUAAAAUCCCUGGUCCUGCCAGGAAUUGGUGGUUUCACAAUUGUAGAUGGGAAAAAAAUUAUUGAAGAGGAUGUUGGAUCAAACUUUUUUUUAGAAGCUGAAAGCAUUGGUAAAUCAAGAUCUGCUGUAGCCUUACGUUUGCUGCUUGAAUUGAACCCAGACGUUCAUGGAGAUUCUGUAGAUGAAGAUGUUGAUCAAGUUUUGUUAAAUAAUCCAGAUUUUUUCAACAAUUUUCAUGUUGUUAUUGGAACUGCUCUGUCAGAAAGGACAUUGAUAACACUUUCUGAAAAGUUAUGGGAGUGCGGAAUUCCACUUAUUGUCUGUCGAAGCUAUGGUUUUCUUGGUUACAUGCGCAUUCAAGUUGCUGAACAUACUGUAGUUGAAUCACACCCUGACAAUCAAAAUCCAGAUCUUCGUUUGGACCAACCAUUUCAAGGCUUGCGUGAACAUGUUGAUUCCAUUCAGCUUAGCUCUCUAGAAUUGAAGGAGCAUGCACACAUACCAUAUGUUGUCAUAUUGUUGAAAGUUCUGGACAAAUGGAAGGCUGAGAAAGGCUUGUCUCUUCCCAAAAAUAGAAUGGAGAAAGAAGAAUUCAAAGACAUUAUUAGACAGAAUUUGUUAGUUGAUGAACAUGGAAAUGUUGAGGCUGAAGAAAAUUUUGAGGAGGCUAUCAAAGCAGUUAAUUCUUGCAUUCAACCCACUACAAUUCCUUCAAGUAUUAGAGAAAUACUUGAUGAUGAUGCCUGUGUAAAUCUUACAUCAAAGAGCAAACCAUUUUGGAUCAUGGCUAAAGCUAUCAGAGAUUUUGUAGAAAAUGAGGGGAAGGGGCAUUUGCCUUUACGUGGAUCUGUUCCUGACAUGACUGCAAAAACUGACUACUAUGUUGCACUCCAACAAGUGUAUUAUGAACAUGCAGCUCGUGAUACAGAUGUGGUUUACCGGCGAGUUCAGCAAUUAUUACAUCAGUUGAAUCAAACUGCAGACACUAUUUCUGAGUCAGAUGUCAAGCAGUUUUGCAAAUUUGCUGCCUGUCUUCAUGUAAUGAGAGGAUCUAAGAUAGCUGAUGAGUAUCAUCCAAAGUCAACUAACAAUAUGUUAAUAGCUCAAGAACUUGAAAAUCCAGAUAGUAUGAUGGUUUACUAUGUAAUGCUUCGAGGAGUAGAUCGUUUUUAUUCUGAAUACAAUUUGUAUCCAGGGGAGUUUGAAGUGGAGCCUGAUAUUGUUAAAUUGAAGAGCUGUAUAUCAAAGCUUUUAAAUGAAUGGGGUUGUGGGAUGCUGGCCAAGGAUGAUUAUGUUCACGAAAUCUGUCGCUAUGGUGGAUCAGAGCUGCACUCCGUUUCUUCUUUCAUGGGUGGGUGUGUUGCGCAAGAGGUUAUCAAAUUUAUCACUCAUCAAUACAAACCUAUCAAUAAUACUUUCAUCUAUGAUGCUAUGACCUCUAACACUGUAACAUACAAUUUUUAGUGUAUUAAUCUGUCAGUCUGUGAAUUGAACAUGUGUCCAUUUUCUGGUGUGCCCAGUAAAACCUUCUAAAACUUAGUUGAUAAUUAUUGAAACUGGUAUCUGUAUGGGAAACUUUAAGGUGUGCUUAAAAAUACACACUAGUCCAUUCAUUAUA